CAUUCUUCCCUGGCCGGCUGUGCUUGGGAGGGCUGUCCAAUGCCGGGGUCCCUAAGGAGCACCAGUCUCCUGUCCCAUUGCAGGUCUACAAACUGCUGACCACAACAGAUGGCAGAGCUACCCAAAGCGAUACCAAGAGCAUCUCCCUGAAGAGCCUUCCAAGCUGAGAGGAUUCUGGGUAUCCUAGGACUAAGGACUUCGACAGAUGUCCAGAAGGGCCCUCCAAAGCCCUAACCUCUCCAGCCAAAGCAUGCAUCUAAGCUGAGCCCCUGCCCCAAGCUUUGAUGACAGGAAACCAGUAAAUUUCUCUAGGCCAUGCACUUCUGUGUGUUCUGCUGAGGAAAAAUGGGAGGUCAGCUCAGCCGAGGGAAAACCCUGCCAAGCCCAAGCUCGAGGCCCUCUGUCCAAGAACUGGACCCUGUGCCCAUGCAAGCAGAGAGAAGCAGGGCCACAGCCGUGGCCCUGAGCAGUUUCCCAGUAGGCGAGCACACAGAGCCAUCACUGAGACUGGGGGAUCCAUUGACCAUCACCUCUGAAGAUGGAGACUGGUGGACAGUGAUAUCAGAAGUUUCAGGCACAGAAUACAGCAUCCCCAGCAGCCACGUGGCCAAAAUCUCCCAUGGGUGGCUGUAUGAAGGCCUGAGCCGGGAGAAAGCUGAAGAACUGCUGUUGCUGCCUGGAAACCCUGGAGGGGCCUUCCUCAUUCGGGAGAGCCAGACCAGGACAGGGUGUUACUCCCUGUCAGUCCGCCUCAGCCGCCCUGCGUCGUGGGACAGGAUCAGACACUACAGGAUCCAGCGCCUUGAUAACGGCUGGCUGUACAUCUCACCACGCCUCACCUUUCCUUCGCUCCAGGCCCUAGUGGAUCAUUAUUCUGAGUUGGCGGAUGACAUCUGCUGCCUCCUCAAGGAACCCUGUGCCCUGCGGAGGGCUGGCCCACUCCCUGGCAAGUCCACACCCCUACCUGUUACUGUGCAAAGGGCACCACUCAAUUGGAAAGAGCUGGACAGCUCCCUCCUAUUUGCUGAAGCACCUGCAGCAGGGGAGUCCCCUCUCCUCAGCGAGGGGCUCCGGGAGGCCCUCAGCUCCUACAUCAGCCUGACCGAUGACAGCUCCUUGGAGGAUGCCAUGGCCCAAAGCAGAGGCCAAAAGGGAAUCCAACGCUGCAGCACCUAGACCCCCAGCUCAGCUCAGCCUUAGUACUCCAGAGGCAAAUUCAGAGUCCCACCUGUGUCCUCUGUUCCUUCUUCUUAGCCCUAACAAGUCAGUUAACCCUCUCCCAGUGCCAUGAACCCACCUGCAACCUCUAGUUCAAAUAAAUGGACAGGGCUCCAAAGAGACUAAGCCUUUGGGGUUUGACCCAGUUUGACUGGAGUUUAGGAUUUCCAGUACCAUCUUCCUCCCCUGCCUGAUGAUCCCCUUCUAUACUCCUACAACCCCACCCACUAGGUAGAAACAACCACUAGCAUCAAGAAGAAAAAAAAAAUCAUUUAAAGAGAAUUUACCAUUCUCAAAAGGCAGGACCGUGGCCCAGAAGGGACAGGAAAGCAGAAGGGAUGGAUGUCGUACCAGAGCAACAGAACCCAGGAUGUCCAGCCUCCACCUGGGGCCCAGAGGAAAGGGGACCUCUCACAGUCCAGGUUCUCAAACAGCCCCAUCAAACCUCUUCUCUGGACAGUCCUAGCUUCAAGAUCUCUUUCAUUUUGUGGCUUAUCAUUUGAACCUGCCUAGACUUUCCAGGCUACAGUGGCCUUGCCAUCUUGUGGUCAAACACAAAAUGGCAACUUCUGGGCCUGGCACACUACGGUGAGGUCGGUCAUGUCUCUCAGUGCUGGGCAGGGGCAUCAGACAUCAGUAAGCCUCUCUACACAAAGCCAAGACCACAGCCUACACCAACUCUAGCACUUGAUUUCCCUGCUUCCCAUUAAGGGAGGCCCAGCUGGAGCUGCUACAGGAGCAGAGAGAGGAGAUGGAGGGCAGGGUUCUGAGGCUAGCGGUAAGGUGGGAAAGGCUUUAACGGGUAUCAUCAACAGAUUUUUCAAUUAAAGAUUUGAUUUAUUCAAGUAC